AUGCAAGGUGAUAUUCGCUCGUAUAAAGAUGAAAUAAAAGCGCAUUUCAAAGACUUUCUCGAUCUUCAAGAGGUCGAAACAGUUCCCACUGAACUGAUAUUUUUUGAAGGCCUCGGUCUCGAUAAAUUCCUCAUUAUUCAAGAAGAUAAAUCCUGGUGGGAUUGGAAUGCGUUUGCAGUGGCUAUGAUCGGACUUACUCAAGUGAUCGGAGGAGCUGUUCUGAUCGCUUUUGGCGCUGUCAACAUCGGCAGUGCGUUGGUUGCCGAAGGUCUUUCCGAUAUGAUCUACGCGACUAUGGCAGGCUUAUCAGGACAGUUCAGUUGGAGAGAUUGGGCGAUACAGAAAUCGAUUAGUUUUAGCGUUUCGUUGUUAAGCGUAGGCAUAGGUGCUUUGUCAUCGAUAGGAUCAGUUGCAGCUAAGGUAGGUUCAGUUUCGAGAGCUGCAUUGUUUUUCGGAGUCGUCAAGCAAGUAGCACAACAAUUCGCUCUGACAUGUUUGACUAAUAUUAUCACGGAAACGGUAAUGGAACAGGUGAGAAAUGGCAUCAUACCAAAGAUUGUCAAAACAAUCGAAGAAACGUUAUUGAAAGGGAUAUCGAGUGCGGUCAGAGCUAAAGUUGAAAGGCUUUACUCAUCUGAUAAAACUGACGGCAAAAUCGAAGAGGAGUACGGCAAAAUGAAAGGACACCUUGUAGACGCAUUAUUUGGUCAUCAGUUAUUGUCGCGAGAAUUCGAAAGUAUUCGAUCACAAGUUGUUAAUGCUUUACAAAACUCCUAUAAAGCGAUUGCCGAAGGUUUCAGUAAAUCGAGUUCGAAAUAUGUUAAAAUGAUUGGUGCGGCUGCUCAAGUAACGCUAUUUAUCGAUAAAAUGUAUAACGCAGUGAAAUCGUUUUUAAAUGUAACGAGUGUUAUAGCGACGUUGAACAAUAUUAUCGAAAGUUCUGCGCAAACAAAUAAUGAAAAUGUUAAGAAAAACAAUUCCAAUGCUAAACUUGUCGAAGCAAGAGCAGAAGAAUUGAUGAAACAUGUGAAAGAUUGUAUAACGAAAAAGUUAACAGCACUACUGGACCAAAUUUUAAGAGCAAUCAUCAAUAAAACAUUAAGAAUGGUUGGUACAGCGCUAGCAGCGGGCAUGCAAACAAUGGUUAGCUCAGCAACUGAAAACAAACAACAAACAAAGGAGAAUAAAGAUAGUCAGGUCAGUGUCGAAGGACCUUCUCCGAAAGACUGUACUCAAAAAGAUGAAGAUGCUGAAAAGAAGCGAGAAGAUUUACAAAAUAAUGUUAAAGCCUGUAAGACACAACAAGAAAUGUAUGAAGAUGAAGCAAAAGAUACAACACGAGGCAAAAAUCUUGCUGAUAUUCAUUUAUUAUCGAAUGCAAAAUGUCGAAACAUUAUCGUUAUUGAUACUGAAACAAAUGAAGAGAAAAUCAUUAGACCCGAUGGAUUGAGAAAAGUCGUUGCGUUUUUUAAAACCGAUGCUAAAAUUAAAUAUAUACCAGGUACUGAAUAUGGACAAAUGGGACAUUACACAACUGCACGGGGUAAAGAAAGUUUUGUCCAAAAAAAUGGACGUAAUGAUUGUUUAUUAAUCGCCUAUCAUGAAUCAUUGGGAAGUAAAGUAGAUGAAACUUUUAUAGACAAGGAGCGCAUAGCUUUUAAUCAAUAUACUUCGCAGCAUUUAGAUUUGUAUGUGACAUAUCGGACACAUUUAGAUGCAACUGGUCAGAAAUUAAUGAUCGGUGGGAAAGUACCGCUCAGAAGUGAUGAGGUAGUCACUCCGAAGAAAACAGUCGCUUCGGAUGACACUGACACGAGCAAACGACCAAAACUUAAUUCGAAUGAAGAAGAAGAGAAGCGAGAUCAAACACCACGCACAAGCAGGUCGCAAGAGCGAGAAAAAAAAGAAGAAACACCUCAAGUAAAAAAGCGACGAAGUUCUUCUGAGCGCAGAGGAACUUUUGGAGGUAGAUAUAAAGAACGAGAUCGUCUAGCAGCUGAGCACGAUACACCUGUUACAGGAGAAACUCACGAGGCUGAGCAUGUUUAUCCUUACGGUUCAGUGACUGAUGGAUUAUCAAGAAAAUCGCCAGCCGGCAGGCAACUGGCAAAUGAGUCACUUGCUUAUUACGAAAAUAGAGACGCACAUCGGCAACAUAUAGGCACAGGUUCUAGCCAAGGCAGUGUUGCUUAUCGGCGAGCGACGAGAACAGCCUUAGUGGAAGAGAGAAGUGCUGGUAAUGCAAUUCAGUUGAAUCAGUUAGAAUAUGCUCAUACAUCAGCCUUCGUUAAGAACAGGAACCAUAUAAGUCUUGAAAUAAGCGAUGAUUCAUUUUCUUCAAUGCUGAUGAGUGCGAGAAAUAGACCUAUACCUUAUCGUGACAAUAAUAAUUCAUCUCCUCCAAUAGUACAACUCACCGAUACAGAUAUCAAAGAAAGCCUUUUAGCACGAUGGACAGCAAGGCACGCGAGAUAUCCAUCAAGCAGCGAGGCGCAAGGGAUCAUAUGGAAAUUUUACGAAGCAUAUAAGCUAAGAUCCCCGGACGGAGCCCGUACUUUCUCUCCGAACAUUUCUUGGAACUCUACUCCUCCGCAAACAGACAAGAAUAAAUUCUGUGGUACUGAGAAGUAA